AUGGCACCCGAACGUAAGAUCGAGCUGGGCUCCGUCCUCGUUGUCGGCGGUUGCGGUUUUCUAGGCACGCAUAUUGUCGACCACCUCCUGAACUUCCCUUCUGAAGAUUCUGGCUCCACGUCUCGCAUCACCGGUGCCAACGGCGAGCCCGAUAAACGGUUCUCAUACCCCCAGCUCCGAGGCCGGUACCCGAUCUACAAGAACACGAAGGUCUCUGUUGCUGACCUGCGCACGACCAACAAUCGGCUCCCCGGCGCGGACUAUUAUGAUGCUGAUGUGCUAUCCAUCGAAUCCCUACUCGAAGUGUUCCGCGCCGUUAAGCCCGAUGUUGUGAUUGACACUGUAUCGCUUAUGCUGGAAGGGAAUAAGGAGUUGAUCUACAAUGUGAAUGUGAAUGGAACGAGGAACCUGUUAGAAGUUGCUGGAGGGAUGAGAGGAGACUGGGGUGGGAAGUGUAAAGCUUUCGUGUAUACCAGCUCUUCGUCUGUGGUGCACGAUACGACGAGCGACUUGAUACACGUUGAUGAACGAUGGCCGAAGAUUACAGGCAAGCUGCAGCAAGAGUACUAUACAGAGACCAAGGCGAUCGCCGAAGAUAUGGUUCUAGAUUUCAACGGCACCUCGCCCUCUGGCAUGCUUACGGUUGCCAUCCGCCCGGCAGGCAUUUAUGGCGAGCGUGACACCACGCUUACCUUCAAGAUGGUCGAACACGCCGCCAAGUCAUCCCAGCGGAUCCUCAACUUCCAACUCGGCGACAACAACAACCUCUUCGAUUUCACAUACGUCGGCAACAUCGCCUACUCCCACAUGCUAGCAGCCGAGCUUCUCCUCGAGACCAAGAAGCGCACUGAAGCUGGCGCAGCCGCACCCCUCGAUUACGAGCGGGUUGACGGUGAAGCCUUCAAUAUCACGAAUGACAGCCCAGUGUACUUCUGGGAUAUGGCACGGACAAUCUGGGCACUGAUGGACCGCUAUGUCGAGCCUCACCAGGUAUUUGAGUUAUCGGAGAGUACGUUGACCGUGGUCGGGGGUAUACUUGAGACGGUGUUUGGCUUGUUUGGGAAGAAACCGCGCCUGACAAGACGAGAGGUCAGAUAUUCGUGCAUGUCGAGAUACUACUCGUGCAACAAGGCCAAAGUGCGGCUGGGCUACCGGCCGAUUGUUCCUCUCGAUGAGGGCGUGGCGCGGGCAGUUGGUUAUCUUUUGGAGAAAGAUAGUAAUCUACGAGCGAAAAAGGAGUUAUAG